ACCGGUUUACAUCCGGGCAAAUAUGCACUUGCGGGAGCAGCUGCACAACUUGGUGGUGUUGUUCGAAUGACCAUCAGCCUGACAGCAAUUCUUGUUGAAGCAACCAGAGACAUCACAUUCGGCUUACCGAUUAUGCUCGUCCUAAUGGUCACCAAAUGGGUUGGAGAUUUUUUUAACGAGGUAAAAUUCGCUGAGCAGAAAAUUAUGCGAAAAGAUGUGAUUACGAUGACACCCAGAGAGCGUGUUUCGCAUGUUCUCGAAGUUUUGCGUGCCACAUCGCAUCAUGGUUUUCCGGUUGUUGAUCAGAUCGAUUGUGCAACAGAUGGACAAAACAUUCCGACAUACGGCCAUCUCAAGGGACUGAUACUGAAGUCACAAUUAAUUACGCUUAUUCAAAAACGGGUAUUUUAUAAAGAUUAUGAUUGCCAAUUUUUGGCCGAUGGAAGUGAACCACUAACACUUUCCCACUUUACUGAAGAGUAUCCAAGAUACGAUUUAUCUUUGGCUAACUUACAAAUCUCAGCAAGGGAUGCGAAUUGUUGGCUUGAUCUAGUUCCGUAUAUGCACAGAAGUCCACAUCGUGUUCCACUGGAUGCAUCACUGCCAUCAAUAUUUCAUCUGUUUCGUGGAUUAGGCCUACGAUACGUCAUAGUUGUUGAUGAUGAAAAUAAGCUGCGUGGCAUCAUCACCCGAAAGGAUCUUGCCCGUUUCAAGGAGCGUCGAACUUUUGAAAAAUAUUCAGUGCGCGAACUGUUUGUAUCAGAUUUCGAGACAUAA